AUGUCAGCAGCGUUUGCAUCAAGCAGAAUCUCAUUAGUCAUGGUUCAAGUCAGUCUUCUUAUAUUGGGCAUGUUCGUUAUCGGUAAUUGGGCAGCGCCAUCACUUGACGAACGUCAAGAAAUUUAUCUUGACACAUGUCAAAUGAGCUGUGGUUCAGUGAGCAAUAAUGAUGAAGCAGAAGAAUGUCGUGAAAAAUUUUGUCCUAAUUAUGUUACUUAUUUAUUAACAGGUUUAACAAACAUCAAUUCCAAGCCUAGUCUUGCAUCAACUCAUCGUAAAGAAGUAGUAGAUUUUUGUGCUACAUGGAUUGUUCAUUUAAUUGAUCAAGUUGGUUGGCAAAAUCGUAUUCAACUUAAUCUUAAUGAUUGUAUCUGUGCUGCUGGCAAAGAUUGUCUUGUCAAAUAG